AACAAGUGAAUGGGCAAUGCAAGUUAUUAUUAUUAUUUUGUGAUGACGAGGAACCUCCCCAAGGCAAGGCCCUUUGGACUCACCCUUGCAAAGUAAAUCCUGGAUACCCUGCAAUCACUUGCAAACCACAGCUACCCGUGCAGGCUAAGGCACAUGUUCUGUGCAUAUACUUAUAAAUGAACCGUGCGAGUGCAAACAACUACAACUAGCGGAUAUCUUCAAGGCUACAGCGAUCUUUAUGAGCCUGCGAUCAUUAGGAAGGCAAACUAGCUAAGGGUUCUGUUUGAAAAUUAUGCUGUUUUUUCUUUUUCUUUUGAGAACCCUCUCCUUUGGGAAGCAAGGGUUGCAUAUGAGGAAACGUGCCAAGAUCCUGAAAGUAUUUAGGUCCAAAUUCUUACGAAUGUGUGCCACAAGAAUCAUUCUUCUAGUUGGUAGUCCCCGUGACAGUGCAAUUACCGUGUCUUGAUGAUUGUUCACAAUGCUGACAGAUUUUUAUUCCUUAAGGAAGGAUGUUGAAAAUACUUCAAAACGUGUUGAAGAAAUCAGGGCCUCUGCUGGUCUAAAGCAGUUGGAAGAAGAUCUUGCAGAUUUGGAGAGGGCAGCAGCAGACAGCUCCUUCUGGGAUGACCGUAUUAGAGCCCAACAAACCCUUCUGUCUCUCAAUGAUGUCAAAGAUAAAAUAAAGCUUCUGACUGAGUUCGAAAACCAGAUUGAAGAUGCAGAAACAAUAGUUAAGCUUACUGAGGAGAUGGAGAGUGUUGAUGGUGCUCUUUUUGAAGAGGCUGCCAAUAUCGUAGGAGAAUUGAACAAGGCAUUGGAUCGGUAUGAGUUGACUCAACUGCUUUCUGGUCCCUAUGACAAAGAAGGUGCCGUAAUCUAUAUCACAGCUGGUGCUGGGGGUACUGAUGCACAGGAUUGGGCUGACAUGCUUCUCAGAAUGUAUGUGAGAUGGGGAGAGAAGCAGCGAUACAAAACAAAAGUGGUUGAGAAGUCCUUGGGAGAAGAAGCUGGGAUUAAGUCAGCAACUAUUGAAAUUGAAGGUAGAUAUGCCUAUGGGUAUAUAUCAGGAGAGAAAGGAACACACCGCAUUGUGCGACAAUCUCCUUUCAAUUCCAAAGGUCUACGGCAGACAAGCUUUUCUGGUGUUGAAGUCAUGCCUCUUCUUCCUGAUGAGUCGCUUGAUGUUGAAAUACCAGAAGAAGAACUGGAAAUCAGUUUUUCAAGGGCAGGUGGGAAGGGAGGGCAGAAUGUGAAUAAGGUUGAAACUGCUGUCCGAAUUACCCAUAUCCCCACUGGCGUUACUCUUCGCUGCACAGAAGAGAGAUCCCAACUAGCAAACAAGAUCAAGGCUCUAAGCCGGUUGAAAGCAAAACUGUUGGUGAUUGCAGAGGAGCAACGGGCAUCUGAAAUCAAGCAAAUCAGGGGAGACGUGGUGAAAGCUGAGUGGGGACAGCAAAUAAGAAACUAUGUUUUUCAUCCAUACAAACUUGUUAAAGAUGUAAGAACUGGAUUCGAGACAUCAGACAUUGUUUCUGUGAUGGAUGGUGAUUUGGAUCCCUUCAUCAAGACUUAUCUCAAAUACAAAUACAAGGAAGCCAUGUCCGCCAUUGGGAAGGAUAGAGAUAAAAUGACAACUAACACAUGAUGAAGUUCUCUCUGUAUGUAGUAUUCUAACAUAAUUCUAUAGUUCUCCUUUUCCCUUCAAUGGAAAGAAAAUUUUGUAUAUAUAUUUUUUAAUCUUGGUAUCAAGUACUCAUAACUGCUGGAGAGAUCUGCCCAUUAUGUCA